AUGGGGAAGACGCAAGAGGACGAUAUUUCGCAGAAGCUUCCUAGCUGCUGUUGAGUUUCGCUAUAUUGCCUUCCCCUUCCUAUCAGCCACCCAACUCGACUUCUUCUUCGCUUGAUCUAUAAUUUUGGUGAAGUCGAAAAUCUUAUUUCGAAGAACUUUCCUUCUGGCUGGCCUUUGCCGGCUGUGUUGGCCAGAGAUUUUAUUUUUAAGCAACUGAAAUUACCUAUACGAUCCAAAUUAGUGGGACCCGAUUGCUUCUUGUCUUAUUUUCUCCCCUUCUUGCGUUUGAGGGUUGGAAUCUCAGCUCGAUUUGGGGAGUUCUUGAUCAUUCUCCAGCUGAGAUUCGACCUGGAUAUCCUCGUUGCGUCAGUUCAAGUUCAUCUCCAAUCUGAUUUGUAUUUUAGUGUAGUGGAAAGGUUUAAUUGAUCGAGAUAGCUGUGGUUGUAGAUGGGAUCAACAGAGGAGAAAACAAAUUACUUAUCAGAUGAAGAGAUUCCAUUGAAGUCAUCACCAGUUGCGAAGAACGUAUUGCAUAGUUUUGAUUGUGAGACGGCUGCUGUGCGUUCUUCCCCUGAUACAAGAUGGUGGAAGACUAACAACAUUCGUAUUAGACCUCUUAGAAGUGCUUAUAUUGUGUUGGUUAGAGCAAAGAUCAACGUGUUACUACCUUUUGGUCCUUUGGCAAUUCUGCUACAUUACUUAACGGGAAAGCAUGGAUGGGUCUUUUUUUUCACUUUACUUGGAAUUACACCCUUGGCGGAACGUCUUGGUUAUGCAACUGAGCAGCUUGCUUUCUACACUGGACCAACAGUUGGUGGUCUUUUGAAUGCAACAUUUGGAAAUGCAACUGAAAUGAUCAUAUCGAUAUAUGCGUUAAAGAGUGGGAUGAUUAGGGUUGUUCAACAGUCAUUGCUGGGGUCAAUCUUGUCAAAUAUGCUCCUUGUGCUUGGUUGCGCUUUCUUCACUGGUGGAAUUAUUCAUCAUAAGAAGGUGCAGGUUUUCAAUAAGGGUGCUGCUGUUGUGAAUUCAGGAUUGUUAUUGAUGGCUGUAAUGGGAACGACUUUUCCGGCUGUGCUUCAUUUCACACACACAGAACUUCAUUCGGGAGAGUCAGCAUUAUCUCUUUCAAGAUUUAGCAGUUGUAUAAUGUUAAUUGCAUAUGCAAGCUACCUUUUCUUUCAACUAAAAAGUCAGCAUAAUCUCUAUGGUCCUCUUGACGAGGAAGUUGAUGGAGAAGUUGAGGACGAUUCUGAGAUUUUUGCUUGGGAAGCAAUUGGAUGGCUUGCCAUCUUGACUGUAUGGGUAUCUAUUUUAUCUGGAUACCUUGUUGAUGCUAUCCAGGGAGCAUCUGAAUCAUUAAAUUUGCCAGUGGCAUUUAUUAGUGUAAUUUUGUUGCCAAUUGUUGGAAAUGCUGCUGAACAUGCAAGUGCAAUCAUGUUUGCCAUGAAGGAUAAGCUUGACAUCACUCUUGGAGUUGCUAUUGGAUCAUCUACACAAAUAUCCAUGUUUGUGAUCCCGUUUUGCGUAGUAGUUGGAUGGUGCAUGGGAAAACCAAUGGACUUAAACUUUAAACUCUUUGAAACAGCAACGUUGUUCAUCACUGUGCUAGUAGUGGCUUUUAUGUUGCAGGAGGGGACAUCAAAUUAUUUCAAAGGUCUAAUGCUUAUUCUAUGUUAUCUCAUAGUGGCUGCCAGCUUUUUUGUACACGUUGACCCUAGUAAUGAUGAUGAUUAACACUUGGAGCACGUUUGGUCAUGGAAAUUUACUGCAAGCUGAACUUUUGCAUUUGCAUUGGUUCUGAAACCCCCACAUUGCUUCAGUUCGUUGGAACCUGCAAACAUUAGAGGACUAACACAAAUGGUUUGUCUUUAAAUGGUGUUUGGUUUCAUUAGUUGAACUGUACUGUAAUCUUUUUGUGGCUUGACAGUUGAUCUUUUCUCUUCAUUUGUCAUCUUCCUCUUUAACUUUUUUAUCAUAAACUUGAGAGCUGUAAUCUAUAUUCAUUAAUUGUAAGCUCUUUCUUUUA